CUGUUAUUUCUCAUAUUCUUAAAGUUGAACUCUUCUUGUCAAGAUCUGCCUUUUUAUUCUUUUUUUUCUCUCACUAAAGUCACCCAAUAGGGGCCUCCAACUCUCUUUCUCUAUCUUUUUGUUUUUGUUUUUGUUUUUGUUUUUGUUUAUACAUAUAGAGGAAAGAACGGUGAAAGAGAAGAGAAUUGAAGAAGUUCUCAGAGAUCUGGCAACUUCAUUACAGAAAAGGACAAGUUGGGGAAUGAUAUACUGAUGGGGAGAAAAGGGAACUGGUUCUCUUCCGUGAAGAAAGCUCUCAGCCCAGUUUCAAAGACAAAAAAGAAUCCAAAUAAAUCAAAGAAGAAAUCAUAUGAGUUGGAAAAAUCCGCCGUUCCUAAUCCGCUGCCUUUAGAAACUGUUACAGUCUCUCAUCCUCCUCCUCCUUUGGAAGAGGUCAAAUUGGCCGAAGUGCAGGAUGAACAAACCAAACAUGCUUAUUCUGUUGCAGUUGCCACUGCUGUGGCAGCUGAGGCCGCUGUUGCGGCUGCUCAAGCCGCUGUGGAGGUUGUUCGACUUACUACAGUGACUCAGUUCACAGGAAAAUCAAAAGAGGAAGUGGCAGCAAUCAGAAUUCAGACGGCAUUUCGUGGAUACCUGGCAAAGAGGGCAUUGAGGGCUUUGAGAGGGCUUGUCAGGUUGAAAUCACUGGUACAAGGGCCUACUGUCCAGCGACAAACUACACACACUCUACGAUGCAUGCAAACUCUAUCCCGCGUGCAGUCUCAGGUCCAUUCUAGGAGGAUCAGGAUGUCAGAGGAGAAUCAAGCUCUCCAGAGACAGCUUUUACAGAAAUGUGCGACAGAACUUGAGUGCUUGCGGAUGGGGGAGGACUGGGAUGACAGUCUACAAUCCAAAGAACAAAUUGAAGCAAACCUACUAAGCAAGUAUGAGGCAGCAAUGAGAAGGGAAAGAGCACUGGCUUAUUCAUUCUCUCAUCAGCAAACCUGGAAGAAAUCUACAAAAUCCGCAAACUUACUGUUCAUGGACCCAAACAAUCCACAAUGGGGUUGGAGCUGGCUGGAACGAUGGAUGGCAGCCCGGACAUGGGAUAACAGGAGCAUGACCGAGAAAGAACUCAACAGUGAUCUCUCGUCCGUAAAGAGUAUUGGCCUCAGUGUAGGAGAAAUCACUAAGGCUUAUGCUCGCCAUCAACUCAAUUCUGACAAGCCUUCCCCAACCGCCAGCCAAAAACCAAGUCAUUUCUCUAACCACCCAUCUCCUUCCCCAACAGGUAGCCGAAAACCAAGUCAUCAUUCUAACCGCCUCUCCCCUUCAACUCCUGCAUCCAAGUCAGCUUUCUCAGCAGUAGCCAGGAGCACAAGAGGGGAUGUUUUGGGCCCAGAAGAUGAUGCAAAGAGCAUGUUCAGUGUGAAAUCGGAGAGGAAUAGGAGGCAUAGCAUUGCUGGGUCGUUGGUGAGAGAUGAUGAGAGCCUAGCAAGCUCUCCGGCAGUACCAAGUUACAUGGCAUCCACCAAGUCAGCAAAGGCUAAGUCGCGUAUGCAAAACCCAUUGGGUGUGGAGAAUGGAACACCAGAAAAGGGAUCAGCAGGAUCUGCAAAGAAGCGGCUUUCUUUCCCGCCUUCACCAGCUCGGCCAAGGCGGCAUUCAGGUCCACCAAAGGUGGACAUCAGCUCCAUUGCAAAGCAGAAUGCCGUGAAGGGAGGAACAGAAGAUAAUAAUAAGUUAAUGAUUCCUGAUGAAGAGCAGAAGAUAAUAAGCUAAUUGGGUAUAAAGAGGUUUAUGAAGAGAAGAAAUAAAAAUGAAUUUUAUUUGAUUUGUGAAUCCACUUCCACUUCUGUUAACAUUUGUUAUUUUAUUUAUUGCUUUGAGGGUGUUGGUUUGGGGGUUAAUUAGUCUCUUGGGCGAGCCUUGUUAUGAAGAUUGUUUCCUAUUCCAGCUCUUUUUAAUUGUUAACAUUGUGACGAUUGUUAAAUUAUUUUAGAAAAACCCUGCUUCUGGGUUUAAAUAAUUUUCUCAAAAAUAAUGAAUGUGAUAACUCUGGUUCCUCUCAGGAAUUUGAGAAUUUCUUUUUCCCUCUUUUAA